CAGCGCCGGAGCAGCGGGCAUGGCGGCACGCAGGGUGCUGGUGUACGGCGGCAGAGGGGCGCUGGGCUCCCAGUGCGUGCGGUACUUCAAGUCCAAGAACUGGUGGGUGGCCAGCAUCGACCUGGCGGAGAACGCGGACGCCAGCGCCAACGUGGUGGUGAGAGCGACCGACUCCUUCCCCGAGCAGGCCGAACAGGUGACAGCAGAAGUUGGGAAACUUCUUGGUGAAGAAAAGGUGGAUGCGAUCCUGUGUGUAGCAGGAGGAUGGGCUGGAGGCAGUGCCAAAGCCAAGUCUUUAUACAAAAACUGUGAUCUGAUGUGGAAGCAGAGUGUUUGGACAUCAACUAUUUCCAGCCACCUUGCCACAAAACAUCUGAAAGAAGGUGGCCUCUUGACUCUGACAGGAGCUCAAGCUGCUUUGUCUGGAACCCCAGGGAUGAUUGCCUAUGGCAUGGCCAAAGGAGCAGUGCAUCAGCUUUGUCAGAGUCUGGCUGGUGCCAGCAGUGGGCUGCCAUCUGGCUCUGCUGCAGUUGCCAUUUUACCGGUUACCUUAGAUACACCAGCAAACAGGAAAUCAAUGCCUGAUGCAGAUUUCAGCUCCUGGACACCUUUAGAAUUCAUUGCAGAAACUUUCUAUGACUGGAUAACAGGAAAGGAUAGACCCAGCUCUGGCAGUCUAAUCAAGGUGAUAACUACAGGUGGGAAGACUGAACUAGUUUCAGCAGCACAUCUUUGAUUUCAGUCACUUGAAGUGAUGAAAUUUCAGCAAAGGAGAAGAUGUGGAAAAUCUGUCCACCAGUAUAAUUUGAAUGGUCUUCUGUAUCCAGUGUUUGUAGUUAUUCCAUUAAUGGAACCAGAUUUCAAGUAAUGUUUGUGCUGUCAGUUGUGAGCUAUCAGCAUUUGUCUGCCAAAUAAUACCAGCUUGUCUCUAAAUGAAGGUUGCAGGCUUUAAAGUCUGUAGAUGUCCUAAUUCUGAGCAUUAUAUGGCAAUUUACCUGUUUUCUCUGAAAUGGGAAUUGUGCUUAACUAUGUCAUGUGAUUGCAUACAUAAUGGUUGGAUUUUUUUUUCUGUCAGUAAGUGUUUCUGGCAACUUACUGUGGAUCUUUCAGCUUUCUGUCUUUUUCUGUCUGAGAAUAUAACCCCACCCCUGCAUAUUGUGUUGGCUGUAGCCAUAGGGAACACCACAGUCAUGUAUCAUGUCCUAGUCAUGUAACACUUUUCUUGUGAAUGUUCCACUUGAGUUAAUGAAACUGAAUAGAGAUUACUCACUUCAGAAGGAAUUCCUAAUUUGCCUUACAGUUCAUAAGAUGCUCUCAGGCCUACAGUUGUAAGAUGAAAGUCAUUCUGUCAAAUGAAUAGUAUGUCUUUCUCUUGGUCAUGAUUGUUCUUGACUUUUUCAAAAAGCAAAGUGCCGCAAAGUAGUAGAAAAAGCAUACAUGCACUUGAAAAUGGAACUUUUUGUGCAAAUAAAUAUAUAUAUUGUUUUAUGUA